AUGGAUAGAACGAUUCGCGUUUCGUGUGUAGUGAUUCUUUUCACCUACAUCUGUUUGGAACUUACCCUAGCAACUCAAAAGCUUGAAGCAAAUGUAAUUGACAAAAAAAUUAAGGAAGAAUAUGAACCUAAAGUACCCUCAGUUUGGUUUAGUCCUCGUUUAGGUAGAAAGAAACGUACUUUAGGUGAAGAUGGGUAUAAAAUGAGUGAACAAGAACAACAAGAACUAUAUGCAGCUUUAGAAGAAUCUCCUUUCACUUUGGUGGCAGUAAAUGGUAACGAUAAACUAAUUUGUAAGAAUUUACAAGGCAAAAGCAGUAGUUAUACUCCACGUCUUGGUCGAAAUGUAGAGGAAGAUGGUGUGAACAAUGAAAAAUGGAGAGAAACGGAUAUUUCUUCAGAAUAUUUAAUUCAGAGAUCUCCACCUUUUGCUCCAAGAUUGGGAAAAAGAUUCGUUUCAUAUUCUCCAAGAUUAGGAAGAGAUCUUUAAUUGGAAAAAUAUUUAAUUGAAUAUUAUAUAAUAAACUCAUAAU